GAAAGUAACUCUAAAGGAUGAAAAACUCACACUUGGUCCGCAAAAGCUCCUAACUCUCUGGUUGGUGUAUUUGGACAAGAUAGACUGAGGAGCUCCGAGUCAAGAUGGGUCUCACGUUUUUGGACUGCUCCUUAGCUGCCCUUGGGAUCUUUCUCAUCAAACGACUGCUCAGCCCAAAGCCUUCUGUACCACUACCACCAGGUCCUAGGCCGCUCCCCAUUGUAGGAAACAUCCACAACGUCCCUCUUGAAAGAUCAUGGGUCAUGUUUGCAGAUUGGAAAACAAAAUAUGGGGAUAUUUUAUCCUUCCAUGUGCUCGGAACCAGACUUGUCAUUGUCAACUCGGCAGAAAUGGCAGUCGAUAUUUUAGACAAGAAGAGUGCAAUAUAUUCUGACAGGCCAUCAUUCACUAUGGCUGGCGAACUUAUUGGUUGGAAAAAUACGUCCAUUUUCCUGAGAUAUGGUGAAACCUUCCGUGAACAUCGACGAAACUUUCACCGCCUGAUUGGAAGUCGUGCGCUGAUGCAAAAAUUUGAUCCGGUCGUGGAGCAGUUCACACGUCGCUUCUUGCAAGAUGUUUUGAAGAAUCCUCAUCAUGAUAAACUAAGACCAUAUAUUCGCAAAAUGGCAGGUUCAAUAAUUCUGAAGAUAUCCUAUGGAUACAAUGUACAGGACGAAAAUGACCCAUUAGUUAAGCUGGCGGAUCGGGCUGUCGCUCAGUUUUCAGAGCUGGUCGUCUUUGGUACAUACCUAGUGGA